CACCUGCCCAGGGACAGCUAAGCUGAUGGAGUCGAGUGACUGACAGUCCACAUCUGUGUUUCAGAAAUACAUACGUUGACCACAGUGUGUAGACUAGGCCACUGGGUUGACACAACAGAUGUAGGGUAGUUUUCUACUUACCUAGGGAAAUUAUGUUCCUCAGGGUUCUCUUGACUAUGUCUGUAGACAUCUUUGGUUGGUACACGCAGGGGGUACUGUAGUAGAGACUGUAGAUACCGCUGAAAACCCCCUUAGCACAUCACCCCCGUAAGAGUUAUCUGGCCCCAAGUGCCAAUAAUGUCAAGUUCUACAGAAACACCAACCUAGGCUGAGAUGGUGAAGAGCAGACAGACGUAGAUGUGUGGCUGGUGGAGGGAGGGAGGGGUAGUGCAUGGCUGGCAUAAUUGCAUAGACAGACAGCGGAGCUUGACUGUGUUUAAGAAGAUCUUAACACUACUACCUCCUAGAAUGGCCUCUGUCUUUGAACAGGUCAACCACUGUGACUCCUACCAAGUAGCAUGAAUUUCAAAGGCAUUAUGCUAGUUGAAUAAAAGCCAGUCUUAAAAGGUUACUUUCUGUUUGGUUCCAGAAUGUCCCAUUGUAGAGUGAGAAAAUGAGAACAAGAUUGGUGAUUGGUUGCUCAGGCCUAUGUUUGGUGGGGACAUGACAAAUAAGCAGCAGGAAGGAGUUUCUUGGAGGGAUGGAAUACUUCUAUAUAGUGAUGGUGAUAUUCAGUCUUGUACUGUGACUGGAGAAAGAUGAUGGAAGAGAGUGGGAUAGAGACUACGCCCCCCGGGACACCGCCCCCGCCCCCUGUCGGCCUGGCCGCAGUGUCCUCUACGUCCAUUCCUCUAGCUGCAGCCAGUUCUUUCCCAUCUCCAAGUGUGUCCUCUCUGGAGCCCUCACCUCCGCAGGCACACUCCACUCCUCAGCCGUCCCUGCCUCCUCUGCGGCCGUCAGCGCCACUGCCCUUUGUGCCCGCGGCACCAGCUGCGCCUGUCCCAGCCCAUGUUCCCUCUGUGCCCCCUUCUGCUCCUCCACCAGCUGCUGCUGCCUUCAGUGCCCCUCCCUCAGCUUACUUCCCGCCUUCCACCUCCGCUCCGGGCCCUGCGUCAUCUGCACCCUCUUCUGGUCCUCCGACAUCAGGGUUUUCUGUAGGCACGACCUAUGACAUCACAAGGGGACAUGCAGGAAGAGCUCCCCAGACGCCUCUCAUGCCGUCCUUUUCUGCACCUCAAGUAACGGGUAUGCUCCCGGCUCCUAUUACUCAGCAAGCCAGCAUGGCUUCUCUGGCACAGGGAAGCACCUCAGCCAUCACUUUCCCAGAGGAGCAGGACGAUCCUAGAGUUCAUAGAGUCCCGGAUGAAGCAUCUGGUGGUGGAAUCUGGGGUUUCAUCAAGGGUGUGGCUGGGAAUCCUAUGGUGAAAUCUGUGCUUGAUAAGACGAAGCAUUCAGUUGAAAGCAUGAUUACAACGCUGGACCCUGGCAUGGCCCCAUAUAUCAAGUCUGGGGGUGAGCUGGACAUUGUAGUGACAUCAAAUAAAGAAGUCAAAGUGGCUGCUGUGCGUGAUGCUUUCCAGGAGGUCUUCGGCUUAGCUGUGGUAGUCGGGGAAGCUGGACAGUCCAACAUAGCUCCACAGCCGGUGGGCUAUGCAGCUGGGCUGAAAGUAAGUAACAGAACUCUGUCAGACUAUGGAACCUGGCACCUAAAACCUCCAGCUCUUUUGGUAGCUAAUUGGAUAUCAGAGAUACUUCCUGAUAAGUGGUUUGACAUUGGGUGUUUGGUGGUUGAAGACCCUGUGCAUGGUAUUCGUCUGGAAACUUUUACUCAAGCCACACCAGUGCCUUUGGAGUUUGUGCAGCAGGCUCAAAGUCUCACUCCCCAGGACUAUAAUCUAAGGUGGUCAGGCCUUUUGGUGACAGUGGGCGAAGUCCUGGAGAAGAGUUUGGUAAAUGUCAGCCGGACUGAUUGGCACUUGGCGUUCACUGGCAUGUCUCGCCGACAGAUGAUCUACAGUGCAGCCAAAGCCAUCGCUGGCAUGUACAAGCAGCGCCUACCACCCAGAACCGCCUGAGAGAUGGCCUCAUUGACGGCCAAGACUGCCCUUGCUUUCAGCUUCAUGUAAAGAAGAUAUGUUAUCUUCCUCAGCUAAACAGCUUCAGUGAAUCUGGAAAGCUUUAGAGGUUUCCCGUAGGCUGCAUUAUUAUUAUUUUUUUCUGUAAAGGUUUGGUGUCAUUCCUUCAGAGAAAAAAAGAGAUCCUUUUUACAAUCAUAAUUUUACAUAGUUCUUCAAAAAUAUGCAGGUAUAUUUAUGACACAUUUUAAUAUACUGGAUUUAUUAAAUGGAACUUGCUAAGUAAACAUUUAAUUUAAUGAUGCAUACUAGAUUAUUUUGCUGAACAGUAUGCUCAAGAAUUGACCGUAAGACACCUACCUGUAGACAUGUACAUUUCUGUGUGCCUUUUACACAGUGAGCCAAAAUGACAAAAAUCAAUCAUUUCUCUCUGGUCAUCAUCAUGUGCUUGUAUUACCUAGAAAAGUAUACCUGUUCCUUUUGUAAAAAUAAUUUUUCUAGUUUACAGAUUUCUACUGCAAACAUUGGAGUUAGACAUUAUUUUUCUCGUUGCCGUGUCACAAAGGAUAAAUAGUCCCGUGUAUUUUAGAUCAGAAGUAUUCAUGUUAUUUUUGUAUAACACUAUUCAGUACUUCCAAGAAUAAACUCCCAGCCGCUUCCACUCAUGUUCUCCAAAGAGCA